AUGGCCGCUAAGAAAGUCGCUGGUGUUUUAGGUGCUACAGGUUCCGUUGGUCAACGUUUUAUUCUAUUACUAGCUGAUCAUCCUGAUUUCGAAUUAAGAGUACUAGGUGCUUCACCAAGAUCUGCUGGUAAGAAGUAUAUUGAUGCUGCUAACUGGAAACAAACCGAUUUGAUGCCAAAAUCUGCUGAAAAUAUUAUUGUCUCUGAUUGUUCUUCCGCUAAUUUCAAAGAUUGUGAUAUUGUCUUCUCUGGUUUAGAUGCUGAAUACGCCGGUCCAAUUGAAAAAGAAUUUGUUGAAGCAGGUAUCGCUGUUAUCUCUAAUGCUAAGAACUAUAGAAGAGAAGAAGAUGUUCCUUUAGUGGUUCCAAUUGUUAAUCCAGAACAUUUAGAUAUUAUUCAACAAAAACUUGAUACUGCCAAGGAAGCUGGUAAACAAAGACCAGGUUUUAUUAUUUGUAUCUCAAAUUGUUCUACUGCAGGUCUUGUAGCUCCUUUGAAACCUUUAGUUGAUUCCUUUGGUCCUAUCGAUACUUUGACUACUACUACUCUACAAGCUAUCUCUGGUGCAGGUUUCUCUCCAGGUGUUUCAGGUAUUGAUGUCUUAGAUAACAUCAUUCCAUAUAUUGGUGGUGAAGAAGAUAAAAUGGAAUGGGAAACUAAAAAAAUUUUAGGUUCUGUUUCUACUGAUAAAUCUCAUGUUGAAUUAUUAACUCCAGAAGAAAUUAAAGUUUCCGCUCAAUGUAACAGAGUCGCUGUCUCUGAUGGUCACACCGAAUGUAUUGCUUUGAAGUUCAAGAAUAGACCAGCUCCAUCCGUUGAACAAGUCAAACAAUGUCUAAGAGACUACGUCUGUGACGCUUACAAGAUGAAAUGUCACUCUGCUCCAGAACAAACCAUUCAUGUCCUUGAACAAUCGGAUAGACCACAACCUAGAUUGGACCGUAACAGAGAUAGAGGUUACGGUGUCUCCGUCGGUAGAAUCAGAGAAGAUCCAGUACUGGAUUUCAAGAUGGUUGUGCUGUCCCAUAACACUAUUAUCGGUGCUGCUGGUUCCGGUGUCUUGAUCGCUGAAAUCUUAUUGGCAAGAAACAUGAUCUAA